GACUCGGAGUCGCUGGACAGUUGCAUUCAGAGUACGUUAUCAGCACUCUACCCUCCGUUUGAGGCUACCGCAGCCACUGUUCUGUGCCAAGUUUUUGAUGUGGUGGAGAAGACGUACCGUGGGGAUGGACUGCGCUACCUCAUAGACUUCCUGAUUCCAGCCAAGCCACUGUUCUGUGCCAAGUUGCAGGAUGCCUGUGUUCAGUACUGUGGCUUGCUGUUCCGCCAUGAGGGCUGGCCCCUGUGCAUUCACGAGAAGAUCGUAGUCCAGCUGGCUUCCAUUGACUGGCGAAUCUUGAAGCCUGGUGACUUCUACCUGCAGGUGGUCCCCUAUCUGAAGAAGUCUCCACGAAUUGUAUUGAAAUGUUUGGCAAAAGACAAGCAUAAUGUAGAGGAAGUCGUGAUUCCAGAAGUUUCCUAUACCUCUAUUUUUAAUCUGGAAUGGUUGAGUACGUUCAAUGGAGAGCGGAUGGGUAUAGCACUGGAAAAUUGUUUACUAACCACUGAUGAUAAAAUAUUUCGUGUUCCCUGGGAUAAAGUGGUUAAUCCUGAAUUUAUAAAUAAACCAAAAAUAAUUGAAAACAAUAUCAUCUCUCCAGAAAUAACAGAGGAACAUUCAGUUUUGUGCCUCCCCAUGGACCAUGCAGUGUGUUCGCCAGACCUAGGGUCUCAGUAUCUACAGGAACAAAAUCCAAACAGGGACAACCUGGUCGUUAGCAGCACAGCUCCUCAGUUCAGUGAGGCUCUUGUCAAUGGUGUCUGUACAAGUCCUGUCCCUCAAGACAACUUGAAAAGUGACCUUGAAGGGGAGUACGUCGAGCUGACAGAAGUUUCUCUGCCCAGGUUUGGGCCACCAGUGGGCUCUUUAACCCAGUCACUAGCUUUAAGUUAUCUAACUCAGCCCAGAACACGAGUGAAUGCAUCUAAAGGCAAGCACAAGUUCAUUGUCGUGCAGGACAGCACCUACUCCAAGAACUUAGUUCAGUCAGCACUUAUGCAGAAGGAGCACUGUCAGAUGGACGCUCUGAGGACUUCUACAGAAGCUCUCAGAAAUGUAAUUCCAUUGGAAAGCAACAAAAUCAUGGCACAUGGAGAACUGUGUCCAGAAAGCCAGCUGAUAUCAGGCCCUGGAAACAUGGGGAAUAGCCUUCCUGUGUCUGAGUCUCCUGCCUGCAGUGCAGAAGACUCAUCUACAGAGCAGGAGACCUGCAGUGAACACUCAGUCGAUUGGCAAUAUGCACUGGGCAGCUACAGUGACACGUGUGCUGGAGAUGGUGUCAACUGCAAAGCACAAACGCCUCGUGCUCCUGGAAAUGUGGAAGAAGAAAGUGAUGGUCCGAAUGGAAAUCCUGGUGUUGAUACGUUGGAGCAGAGCCCAGAAAUCAUUCUAGAUGCUACUGCUGCUAAAGAGGAGGUGAUAGUGAGAGUAUGUGGAGAACCACUAACCGAGGGUCAAAGUGAGGUGACGGAGAUGGGUACCUCUCCGGUGUCUGUCCUGGGGCCCUCGGGACCAAAGUGCGUGCUGCAGGAAGGUUCUGAUGCUUCUUGCCAGAGUGUCAGUGAGAGCGCUGCACCCGGCCAGGUCACCACACAGCUUAUCACGCAUGAGAAUUCAGAUAUGGGGAAGAGCAAGAGGUCUCUGCCUGUCAGCAUAAACAAGCUGAAGAAGCCAUACUACUCCAAACUGCCCUGUCAGCAGAGGAUGAUCAGGCGGCAGAACAAUUAA